CAAGUAGUCCUGCCUGUGAGUACUUUCACUGCAAAGCAAGGGAAUUUGCAAGGGAAGGCUGCCCUAAACCAGCUCCAAACUGAAUUAGCAUUGCCACUGCUUUCUAAGUUUGGCUCAGCAUGCAGCCCAUAAAAGGUAAAAGGGAUAAGCCUCUGUUGUAAAAAUGUCACAACAACCAGCAUCACAUGUCAAAGCCAUUCAGGCUAAUAUUAACAUCCCAAUGGGAGCAUUUCGACCUGGUGCCGGCCACCCUCAUAAAAGAAAAGAAUUUACACCUGAAGAAGUGGAGGAGAAUGCUUCUGCUUCAACGGAGGAGGAGAAAGAGAAGAAGCUGCUCCCAGGAGCUAAGAAGCUUCCAGGUCCUGCUGUCAACUUGUCAGAGAUUCAGAACAUAAAGAGUGAGCUGAAAUAUGUCCCCAAAGCUGAACAGUAGCUGGAAGAAGCAGUUCUCAAGAAAAGAAGAGCUCUCUCUGUGAAGAUGAGACAUGUUUUCAGUUUUUAAAUCCAUUUUGCUGAAAGUUAAGAGAGUCUGGAUGGCUAUACCACACAUGUACCCUUUUUUUAGUUUAAGCCCUUCAUUAAAAAAGUAACAAAUAAUGUAAUAGUU